UUCCCGGUCACGCAGCCGGAGUGGGCGGGAGAGCGAUCCAGUUUUGCAGCUUGGGCUGCAUCGCUGGAAUUGCUCACCCUGCAUUGUGCAUUCUCGCUUUUGCGAGGCACAGCCUCUUCCUCCCUCCAACUCCUCCUCCCCCGCUGCCUGCCACCAUGAUGGCAGACUCGCAUCGGCUGCCUUGUACCUCCCGACUCCUUCUAUCUCUAGCUGUAGGGGUGAUGCGGACGGCGUCCUCUGUGGCAGCCUCAGGGGAUGCUCCGCCUGGCAAAAUAGCUGUGAUCGGAGCUGGGAUUGGUGGCUCGUCAGUGGCCCACUUUCUGCAACAGCAUUUUGGGCCACACGUGCAGCUGGAUGUGUAUGAAAAGGACACAGUGGGUGGUCGCCUGGCCACAGUUACGGUUAACAAACAGCAGUAUGAAAGCGGUGGAGCCUCCAUUCAUUCCCUCAAUUUGCACAUGCAAGACUUUGUUAAACUGCUGGGGCUGAAGCACCGUCGAGAAGUGGCAGGGAAAAGUGCAGUCUUCAGUGGGGAGCAAUUUGUCCUGGAGGAGACAGACUGGUACCUCUUGAACCUCUUUCGGCUCUGGUGGCACUAUGGCAUGAGCUUCCUGCGCCUACAGAUGUGGGUGGAGGAGGUAAUGGAGAAGUUCAUGAGAAUCUACAAGUACCAGGCUCAUGGCUAUUCAUUCUCUCGCCUAGAGGAACUCUUACAUUCACUGGGUGGUGACGCCUUUGUCAACACGACUCAGCGCUCUGUGGCAGAAUCCCUGCUGGAGGUGGGCAUCACACAGCACUUCAUUGACGACGUUAUUGUGGCCAUUCUGCGUGCCAGUUACGGCCAAUCCGUACUCGUGCCUGCAUUUGCCGGGGCCAUGUCACUAGCAGGGGCACAAGGCAACAUGUGGGCUGUGGAAGGUGGUAAUAAGCUGGUGUGCUCCGGUUUGCUGAAGCUAAGCAAAGCCAACAUAAUCCAGGCCACUGUGACAGCCAUCUCCCUGCACAAUUCAGAAGGAAAAAAUUUCUACCAAGUGCACUAUGAGGAUGAGGAAGGCCAGGGUUCUAGCUUCUAUGACAUCGUGGUCAUUGCCACACAACUGCAUGAUAAGAAGAGCAACAUCACUUUUCAGAACUUUGACCCUCCCAUUGCUGAGUUUCCAGGAACUUUUCACACCACCAUCACCUCUAUAGUCCAUGGCUAUCUCAACUCCUCUUAUUUUGGCUUUGGUGAUCCAAAGCUCUUCCCUUUCACCAGUGUCCUCACCACAGACUCCCCUGCCCUCUUCUUCAAUUCCAUGGAUAACAUUUACCCUGUCAACGUAUCCAGUACCUUCAGGCGGAAACAACCCCAAGAGGCUGCUGUGUGGAGAGUCCAUUCCCAGCGUCCCUUGGAAAAGCAGGAGCUGAAGAUGCUGUUCCGUUCCUACUAUUCUGUCCAGGUGACAGAAUGGCAGGCAUAUCCUUCUUAUGAAUCUUCCAAGACUCUUCCACCCAUUGUUCUCCAAGACAAUCUCUACUACCUCAACAGCAUGGAGUGGGCAGCCAGCUCCAUGGAAAUGGCUGCUGUGGCAGCCAAAAAUGUGGCCCUCUUAGCUUACAACCUUUGGUAUCAUGACCUGGAUAAGAUAGACCAGAAGGACCUCAUGCACAAAGUGAAGACUGAGCUGUGAAUCUAGCAGGCACUGCUGGAGGAGACUUUUGGGAUCUUCUCCUUUAUUGGAUGCAUUGUGGAUUGAACAGGUACACUGGACUUUUUUAACAGGAAGAUGAAUGGAGGACUGGAUAUACAUCCCUGUUUAUCUGUUUGCAGCAAGUGCAUCCCAGUCUCUUUUGCAGUCUGUGAGCUAAUGGCAAUCCUUUACUGGAAACAACAUUUUCUGAGAAAAAUCUUGGAAGGCAUCCAAGCUGGUUAGUAUUGAACUGCAUCCAAGCUGAUUCCAGGUUCAGAAGUGGGACUAGUUUCUUCUUCAGGCAAACAGUGCUCUGCUACCUGAUGAGCCACAGCCGUACAUUGCCAACUGUACAUCACCUGGCAAGCUAUGCCUUUGUAAAGAAGCUACCUGAAGACUGGAGCUCUUGUUUCCUCUGCAACAACUGCAGUCUUCAUUCCUGACUGCUUCUUGCUGAACUCCUUCCUUCCUUGUGGCUCGGCUUCUGUGCUAGAGGGAAUGGCCAUUUCAAGCAGGAGCAUAUGUCUGAUGACAAAUCCCUGCAGCUCCCUUACUGUACUGCCAUGCCAAGCAGUGUUAGCCUUUACAAACACCCACAAGCUUGCCUUUAAUUGUGGUCAACCAGAGCCCUGAGUUAGGUAUUGAGGUGCUGGCUAAAGCUCAGGUUUGAUGUCCCCUCCCUGUGCAAAUGUGAACCUGCCUCCUACUGUCAGUACCUAUAUCAGACUGCAUAAACACUGUCCUGGUAACAUCCAAUCCCUGCAACUAAUGGCUGUUGACAGAGUAAGCAUGUUCUGCUUUCUACAGAGGUUUGGAUUUUUAAAAAAACGAUACAGGCUUUGAGAAAAGGAUCAGGUACUUGUAAAAUAAGGAGAGGAAUCACUUUAUUGUCAGACAGCAAGAUUGCUUCUUGAGCACAAAGACUGGCCAGUGAAUUUAUCCUGUGUUCCCUGUAGAGGCAGGGCAGGAAGUACUGGCCAUGUGACUCUGAACCUCCUCUAAUAAAGUUCCUUA